GGGGGGGGGGGAGGGGAGGGGAAGAGAAGGUUGUAGAUAAGUGUAAAUAUGUAAGUUAAAGCUAAUACAUGUGACUUGCUAAUUGAUAUUUUUAACUUGGGAUAUGAAAAUGUGUACAGGUAUGUGCAACAAAGAUGUGAAAAUAUUUUGAUCUUUUGCAGCCUGUUCUUUACAGUUCUAUAUAAACCUUACAGAGUUGGAUGAGCACAUAGGAGUCAGGCCCAAAGAUGGGUUUUUGACCUUAUACUGUGUCUCUUUCUACUUUGCAGUUCAUACAGAUUGAAUGAAUACUAUGUAUUGUUUUAAUUUAAGGAUAUAAUAUUGAUUCUCUUUAGAGAUGGGUUUUUUUUUGUUCUGUUUUGUUUCUGAUAAUAUACAGAAAUAGUUUGCAUUUCUCAGAAUAUUCUGCUGGGAUUCGACACUUCGGGGUUUUAAUUUUUUUCCUCCCUAGCACUUCCAUCAUAAAAAUUUAUUUGCUUGAGAGUUAAUUUUGAAAUCUUUUAAAGUCAGAAGUGGGCUCUUCUGAAUGUCCUUUAUGAUAACUCUUUUCUUGUCAGAUUUUAGGAGUCUUGCUCCCGAAGUACAUGCUGGUACAGUACAUGUAGGCAAUAGAUUUUUUUUUCUCCUAAUUGCCUUAUUUUGGGGAUUUACUCCUGUCAGUCUUAAAGGCAUCAUUUGCAUUAGAAAAGCAAGUAGGCUGUGGCUCAGUAAGAUUGAGAUAUUUGAGAAAUAAGCAUGUUUUCAUUUAGAAAGGAUGUGGCUAUAUGUAGUAUGUCUUUAAGACAUGUUACUUACAUAUAGGACAAACAGAAUUUAUACUUUAUUUGGGAGAAUUGAGUAAAGGCACCCAAAUAUCCGAGUGUUUGAACUCAGGACUUGAUUUGUUAAACUAGUGUAAGUUUAUCAUAGUCUGUAUAUAUCUAUUCAGUUUUUCUCAGACAGUUGUCAUGGAAAACUUCAAUAAUAUUUUGAUAUGCGUACACUUCUUCCCAUAGUUAUUACACGAUAGAUGGUGGCUGUUUCGAGAGGAUGCUUUCUCCUGUUACCCACUGUAAGUUACUUAAAGUGUCAUAGUUGUCCCCAGAAGAACCACGUUGCAGAUAACCACCAAAGCCAUUUGUAGAAUAAGCAUAUCUGCAAAACCAGAGGUCUCAAAGGAGGUAGGCUGGAAAGUUAAAGUAAAAAUUGAGGGCAACCUAAAGAUGUGGACAAAUUUGUAGUGUGGCAGAAUUCUCAGGGCCCCUUUCCUCAAAGCAACUCUGACACCGAGCAUUUGGAAAAUCCAGUCAUUCCUUCAGGUUCUGCGCAGUCAUCCAAAAAACCUGACAACAAAUAGUGUUGUUUCUCAAACCAGGAAGCAUUCUUUCUGAAGAGCAGAAACAAGUUCAAAUCAUAAUUUGCUGAGUGCAGUUACUUUUUGUGUAACUGUGGGCAGCCCAGUGUAUUUAUCUUGAGUUUCUUACUUUGUUUCUAGUUCAACUCAGUGGUUUAUCACCAAUAUCCAUCACUCUCAUCACAGAAAUUUGUGUGACUUUUAUCUCACAAACCUCAUCACCACCAUUUCUCGCUCCCAGGGAUAAUCUUUGUAUCUAUUGUAAGAGAUAAAUGAUAAAAUGCAGAAAUGUGUGCUUUUUCUCUACGCCUUUUUAAUGGAUGAAAUAUUUUCAGUGUUCCCUUAUUAAAAAUACUUUGGACUUUUUCUUACGAUAAAAUUGGUUUAUAUCAUAAAACAAUAUUUAUUCUCUUUUCGAUUAACUGGUUUAUACGUAGAUAUUUAAAAGUAAAAGAUAUGUAUAAAGUUUUCUAAAUUGGUUUUAUAUGAUUCUAUAACAGUAAAGGAUUGACUUUACUGUAGGUUAAUGUUAGCAAUGUGCUUUGGGGAUGCCAAUACAUUUGAUAAUAAAAACCUCCAGAAGUUACUGACCAUGAUUGUCACCAUUCUUUUUGCUUCUGCCACAAAGAACCAGUGAGUUAAAUAUGAGAUAAUCCAUCUUAUUGCAUUUAAGAUACGUCCUCAGUAUGUCUCUCUGAACUCAAUUUUUGAUCAAAGCAAUUAAUUGUUCUUCAGUCCAUAAAAAGGCAUGCAGCUAGAUCAUAGCUUCUUGUGGCAAGCAAGACUGCCUUUUGACUCAGCAGCCUUAUAUUUUUAUCUAGUUGGGCUUAACAGUGUUGACAACCUGAAUGACCAGCCUGGGAAAUACCUGGGCCAAGCAGCUGCAAUCCACCCUGUUCCAGCCAUAUGCAUGAACACUAGGAAGUGUUUGUGGGUUAAGGUAUGGUCCUGAUAUAUAUAAAAUAAACUCUCCAGAGAUAACUUCUAGUAGCGUUUGUCUAUAUAGGAUUAUCAGACUGGCUCAGGGACUGUUUUGUAUAUCUUCUGCAUCUCCAUUUUCCUUAUCAAUCCCUGCAUAACUUAAGUGGUGGAGUGGUGUGUUGCUUCAAAGCAAACUGAUCAGUAGUUUACUGUUGAACAAGGUAAGACGUACUCACCUGAAGAACAGUUCAUAAAAGGAGGAAUGCAAGGAAUAGAUUUACAUUAGACAUUACAGACAGAACAAAUAAUGAAGUGUCUGAUUAAUUUGAUCAGUCUCACUUCCUGAUGUUACUGGUCCAAGUACUUUACAAUGCUACAUGAUGGAAGAGGUGGCAGAAUGGCAGGCUGUGCUUGGCUGAUAGAUUGGAAGGCUGAGUAGCCUCCGGCCUUGCUUAAUGCGUAAUAACACAGAAAACAAGAAAACUUCUCAGGAAAGCUUUUUAUUGGGUUUCAUACCCUUAUGCUCGUGCAUUCUGAGAAUUUUCUCUAAAUGCUGUUGCAUUCAUGAGGUAAGAGAGCCUUUGCCUUUGUAGGUUUGUAUACCGUUUCUUGUCUCUGUUUGCAUUUUUGCAGGUUAAUGGAAGGAAGGCAUUCAUGGCACUGGAAGCUCCUGUGUCUGCAGAAGAUGAAAAAAGUCUGGUGUGUGUUUCUGAAUCUAGCAUCGUAGUAUAGGCACCCAAACUGGCCUCAGAAGUGGCUCUCUCUGCCUAGAGGUGCUCAGUAGGAUUCGGAAGCAAUUUAUCAUAGAAUCAUAGAAUGGCCUGGGUUGAAAAGGACCUCAAAGAUCAUCUGGUUUCAAGCCCCCUGCCAUGGACAGGGUCGCCGACCACUAGAUCAAGCUGCCCAGAGCCACAUCCAGCCUGGCCUUGAACGCAUCCAGAGAUGGGGCAUCCACAACCUCCUUGGGCACAAGUGCAGCGUUUCUGUGUGCCUCAGCUCUCCAGGACUGUUCAAGAUACAGCUUCAGAGUGGUGCACUGCACACUUGCUGCUGCCAGCUGUGUAGUUACCUUGACAGAGCCAGCUGAGGUGAAGAGCACUGGUCUGAGAGAUUCGGAGUGUCCAAGAGGCUGUCAGAAUAGCUCAGCAUUUUAAUUUAAAGUGCAGUUUAGCAGUUUUGUGGGAAGCAAAGAAGUGUUUGUUGUUUUGAAAAUAUCAACUGGAGUCUGUUACAUGUCAGAAGACAGAGGAUGAAUACAUGGUGGUUUUCUUUGAUUCUUGUGAGUGUCCUGUUCGUAAUAUCCAGGAUGAUCAAAGCAGUGAGCAGCAAGUCCCUAGCAGUGCCACCCAUUAGGUUUUUCUCAUGGUUUGACUGUUGCCUGCCAUUGCGGGCUGGCUUCCAUACACGUCUCUGCACUGAGCUGACCCCUGGAGAGGAGGGGAGCUGAGAUGCUGCUGUUUUCCUGCACCCUCUGUCCUAUCCACAGCUCUCCUUAACCCAUCAUUUCUCCAGGUAUCAGCACAAAUCUGUUCUUAAUGCUCAUCUCAGAUUACGUCUGAACAGAGAUGAAAGAAUCGCCAUUUGCCCUGGUUUUAUCCUGGGAUGUGAAGGGCAGUGGUGUGGCAGCAGAUCUUCUGCUUCAGCUCAGACUCAAGCAGCAGGACCGUGUUACCUCUGCCACCAGAAUGACACCUAUAGAAUGAUUGUUUCAGUCUUAUCUCUGUGCUCAUCAGUGCUACAAGCAAGUCAGUGCAUUCUUAGGUACACGCAUGAGUACAGGCAGAAGGCAAAGCUCACGGAGACCUUCCACUGGAGAGUAGUGUGCUCACACUGAUACUCUGUGGUCAGUAUGACUUUUAGAAACAGGCAGAAAUUGAAGGGGCCGUGAAAAUACGUGGCUAAUUAAGUGUGAAAGGUGCUGUCCUUGUUUGGACUGUCUGUUAAUGGUAUGACAAGCUCCAGUAAAGAGCUUAGCUGGCCAGAUUAAAAUUAAAAAAUUGUCUCAGUCCAUCUGCCAGCUCCGAGGCAUUUACUUCAUCACCUCUCCUUGUUUCUUCACUGGAGUGGAAUACUCACUUUGAAAAGAUCAUUUCCAGGAUGUCUUGUUUGACUUUUUUAACCUAAUGUUUUUCUUCCGAAGAUAACUUUACGUGACGUCAAGACAUUCUCAAGAAGGGCAAUGCUCUUGCUUGGAUCAAGCAUACGUUAAAGGCAACGACUCUUUUGCUGGAACGGAUUUUCUUCUUUUCUUGCCUAUUGGCUUUUGGACACAAGUAAAUAUGUUUGCCUUCCUUUGGAAAAUCUCUCUCUGCCUCUUGGUUUUGGGAGUGAUUACAGGAGAUCCUCAAGCAGUUGCAGAAGAAAAACAGGCUAAAGAUGCUUCACCAACCCCUCAGCUCGGUGUCUGGCAGUUUGCAAGCCCCUCUCUGCCUCCUGAACUGAGAAAGCUUCAUGGCAUUGUGGAGGCUGAACAAGUCAACAGGCAUUUGCUGCGCCGAAGGAAGCGCUCCAUUCUGUUUCCCAGUGGAGUUAAGAUCUGCCCUGAUGAAUCUGUUGAACAGGCUAUUGCCAACCAUCUGAAAUACUUCAGGCUCAGAGUGUGUCAGGAAACAGUCUGGGAGGUCUUCAAGACAUUCUGGGAUAGACUGCCAGAGCGUGAAGAGUAUCACACCUGGAUGAGCCUGUGUGAGGAAGGAACGAUGAGCAUUUUUGAAAUGGGCAUGAACUUCAGUCAAUCUGAGGAGCACCGAAGUCUGAUUGUGAAGAAACUGUCCUAUACAAAGGAAGCAAUGGCUGGCUCCUGCACUGACUGGUCAUGUGGUGGGACUCCAACUCCAGCUUCAGAUGCUGAUGCUACCACACUGAGAGAUGCAGCUGCCAAUGUUCCUCCUCCUCAUGAGGUCUCAAUUGAGAGUCCUCCGGGUGGUACCAGCCAUGAGAUCGAAGAUGCAGACACUACUAUCAAUAAUGAGAUAAAGAAGGAGGAUGAGAUUCCAGUGAGACCUGUAACUGAGCAGAUGAUUGAGUUCAGCAUUGUGAUUGCUGGAGAGAAGUACAGUGAGGAGCUGAGCGACCCAGACACUGCGAAGUAUCAGCUGCUCUCUGAACAAUUUGUUUCUCAGAUCCAAAAUGUAUUUGAAGGACUACCUGGAUACAAAAACAUCCAUGUCCUGGAAUUCAGCUCUCCCGAGGAGGACAGUGGGGUGGAAGUUCACUAUGCUGUUACAUUUGAUGGAGAAGCCAUCAGCAAUGCUACCUGGGACCUGAUUAACCUUCAUUCCAACAAGGUGGAGGACAACUCCUUUAUGGGGAUAGAAGAUAAUCCAACAGUUGUUUACACCAUCAGUGAUUUCCAAGAUUAUAUUGCUGAAAUCCUCCAGAAAAAUGCCUUGCUUGAAAACACUUCCUUGACAUUAGACCCUAACUCUCUCCAGCUUAUUAAUGUGAAAGAAAUAUUACACCCUACCCAAGAAGAUCCAUCCUGGAUUACUGAGCAUCCAACUGUGCUGGAGCACGUGGAGUUUGAUGAUAACACCUUUUCAGCUGAACGGCCUUCAGCAGAUGAAUCAACUGUCAGCAAUACGCUGCCCUUUGACUUCACUAAACCAGAUUCCACUUUAGAUAGUGAAGAGUCCGAUGACAAUGAAAUCCGACCAAGACCAGAAAGCUUGGACUCUGAGGUCAGUUUGAUACCCGAAGCUCCACUUUCUUCAGAGGCUGAUGUCACAUCUUUGCCGGAUGGGCUGAAUUUAGCGGAUUGGAAUCAGACUCCUGCUUUGGUCACUGCACCAGUGAUAGAGCAUGAUUCUCUGGACUCUCUGGAAUGGCUUUCAGCCCCUGAUUCUUCAGAUGAGUUUGAAGAUACUGGACUAUCUGAUGACUUUCUUCUGCCUUCAAGUCCCUCUUCUCACCUUGUGCCUGAAGAACCUCCAUCUACAGAUGAUUACACAGCUCCCCUGCUUUCUGCACCAACAGUGGCCUCCUCAUCAGUCAUAGAGACUGAUACAAAAAGAACAGCGACUGCUGAGAAGGAAGAAGUAACUCAGAGUAGUCCUGCAGACAGUAGCAGUGCAGAUUCUUUGUUGCAUGAGUCUGUGGAAGAAAGUCCUUUUCCCUUAGAAGUACACCCAGUGGAAGGUGAAAAUGAUAUUUAUCUUGGAGAUAGAAUGAUAUUUGAUGAUGGAUCUGGUUCAGCUUUUGAUGGUUCAGGAAAAGGAAUGGAACCAAGUAUUUGGCCUUGGGAUGUGGCAACACUGGAACCAGUUUUCUACCCUGGUCCUGAUAGCUGGCUUGAUGAUGAUAAUGACUCUUUGCCAUUCAGAACUGAAGAUAUCCCUGAAGGUCUGAUCUUAGAUUAUAUUCUUAACUCUGGGAAUAAAUUAGAUGAUGAUCCUUCCAAAGAUGAGAAUGAAGGUGUGGCCAGUAUAAAAGAAAAUUUCCUCGAUGAAUCUGAAAUAUUUGUCUUUCCAGAGACUACAACUCAGCAGGUACCUCUGCUACAGACAGGAGAGCCAUCAUCUGUGGAGACAUCUACACAGAUGGAAACACUGAGCAUGGAUGAUGAUUCUUUUGUUAAACCGUCCUUUGUUUUGGAGCCACCAGAGGACUAUUCCUUUGCAGACCUGCCAACUGGAGAAGAUCUUUUCUUACCACACAGUACAGGUGUUUCUGUUGAAGACACUCUCCUUACAUCUACAGUAACUCUUGGUAUGGAGGAUAGUCUCCUUACAUCUACCGUAGCCUUCAGUGUAGAACAACCAGAAGAGUCCAGUGUAGGUCAGGAGAUCAUUUCUGAAGCAGUUGAACAUCAAAAUGAAGACAGGCCAACAGUGGAAGAAUUAUUCACAGCAGGACAGUCAAAUGUAGGUGAAGCUGCUACAGUAGGUUACUUGGACAAAAGCUCUUUAGAAACUGUUCUGACUGCGGAACCCUUUGAGGUAAGCACUGAUACUUCCACAAAAGAGCAGCAAAGCCUAGAUUCAUCAUUGGCAGACAGAGACACUGGAUUAGCAAUAAGGAAGCCAGCUGAUGUUUGGCCUACUGACAGAGUACUAGAGAAGACAUUAGAUCAGACAGUACAGUCAGCAGUGCCGACUGCAGCUCAAGUUUCAACUGGAGUUCCUUCUUUAAUACAUCAAGCCACUGCUCUAGAGGGCUUUGCUGGACAGGAUGGUACAGAACAUGACACACACGUUUCCAUGAGCAUCAGCACCAUUCUGAACUCCUAUGUAACUGUAACAGCAGACACUGUUGAGCUUCCAUCCCAUCUCCCUCCCAUGACAACCACAGUGUCAUCAUCUGUGGUUACCUUAGCAAAGGUGGGAGAUGAAACAACAAGAGUCCUGGAUGUUUCAGUGGACCUGGAUCAUGUGAGCAUGGUCAGCUUUUCUCCAGAGCCGAGUGAGGAGGCAAAGAGCAUGACUGACAGUCACAUGGAGCUAACUACCCAUGCCCACUCCACAGAGAUGGCCGGCGUGGCUUGGCCCACACAUGAAAUUCACAAUAGCACUCCUGUUCCAUCACGAGCUUUAGUUGUGUUUUUCAGUCUUCGGGUUACCAAUAUGAUGUUUUCAGAAGACCUGUUCAAUAAGAAUUCCCCUGAAUAUAAAGCAUUAGAGCAACGAUUCUUGGAACUGCUGGUACCGUACCUUCAGUCAAAUCUAACAGGCUUCCAGAAUCUGGAAAUCCUGAACUUCAGAAAUGGCAGCAUUGUUGUGAACAGUCGAAUGAAAUUUGCCAAACCUGUGCCUCGAAAUGUCACCAACGCUGUGUAUAUGAUCCUGGAAGACUUCUGCAACACUGCAUAUCACACCAUGAACCUGGCCAUUGAUAAAUACUCUCUGGAUGUGGAAUCAGGAGAGCAAGCAGAUCCCUGCAAGUUCCAGGCCUGCAACGAGUUCUCCGAAUGCCUAGUAAAUCGCUGGAGUGGGGAAGCUGAGUGCGUCUGCAAUCCUGGCUACCUGAGCAUUGACGGGCUGCCCUGCAAUAGCAUUUGUGAUCUGCAACCCAACUUCUGCCUGAAUGAUGGCAAGUGCGACAUCAGCCCUGGGCAAGGGGCCAUAUGUAGGUGUCGCGUAGGAGAGAACUGGUGGUACAGAGGGGAGCACUGUGAAGAAUAUGUGUCUGAGCCACUGGUCGUGGGUAUUGCCAUUGCUUCUGUGGCAGGAUUCCUUCUGGUGGCGUCUGCUGUUAUCUUCUUCUUGGCAAGGACCCUUCGAGACCAGUACACAAAGAGCGACACCGAGGACUCACAGGGGCAGGGUGACAGCCUCUCGUCCAUUGAGAACGCAGUUAAAUACAACCCCAUGUAUGAAAGUGAUACGACUGGCUACAGCCAUUAUUAUCGCAGAUACCCUCAGCUAACGUCCUACAGUUCUACCAGUGCAGAGACAUCCACCGACUACAGCAGUGAAGAGAUAAGGCACAUUUAUGAAAACAGUGAGCUUACUAAGGAGGAAAUUCAGGACCGAAUUCGAAUUAUAGAGCUCUAUGCUAAGGACCGUCAGUUUGCAGAGUUUGUUAGGCAACAUCAAAUGAAGCUGCUAUAAGAAAAAAAAGAAAUCAGUAGAGAGCACGUGGGAGAUAAAGACUACCUUGUUGCCAUAGCAAUGGGCUCAGAUGUAACUGCAAAGUUACUUAUAGUCUUAACAUUGCAUGGAUGGAUACAGAUGUUUUCUAAAUGAAUGGCUGAAAUGUACAGAUGUCUGUUUAUCUCAAGUACCUCUGGCUUCUCUGCAUAAAGUGACAUUUUUAAGAGGUGAUCAGAAGUGGCAGAGGUUAUGAAAGUUCAUUUUUCAUUAACUCUGAAAUGGACAGCGGUAAUUUGUAUACCAAGGCAAAAAAAAAAAAAUAUCUCCUCAGAAAAGAGAAGAUACAUGCACAAACUAAAAAUAAAAGGCACCUUUAAAAUCCUGUCUGGCAUUUAUCCCCUCACUGGAGUCUACUGUAGUGAAUUCAAAAGUACAAAGCGCUAGUGGAAAGAAUGUGGUUUGCACGUGAAUGGUUUGUAGGAGAGAAGCACACUGAUAGAAUGGUGUUAGCAUUAUUUUAAAGCAUUCCCAGCAUAAGCACAAACAUAACCUCAUCGGAAAAGCUGUUAUUUUACACAACUGCCAGAUUAAACUUUUGCCACCUGGCAUCAGCAAAACAGCACAGUGCUGAGGCUGCAGCCCUCUGAAAUGCUCUCCCCGCACAUUAAGUGUCACCGCUGGCUUGCAGUGGCCACAUGUAGUGCUGGUGCACAGCAGGGCACCCCUUCUGCAAUACAGUGUUAUAAUGUCACGAUGGUUGGCACUCCAGCUGUUCCUGCCAGAGAUACAAGCAGGGGCACAGAAGGUCUUCUAUCAUACAAAUGUUGUGUAAAGCUUGAGUGACUAACGUUGAUUUUUUUUGUACAUAGACAAUUUGUUGUUAAGAUGCAUUGUUUGUUGUGUAUUUCCUUACCAGCUUAUUUUCAGAAUGGAUUUAACUGCUGAAAUAGAAAGAUGAGUAGGUUAAUGGUGAAAUACCACAGUGAUGUUUGUGCCCAUCUUUUUUAAAACCAUAGUUAGUAUUUACUCAGUGUUGAAUUCAGGCAAAUAUUGGUUACUUUUUUUUUUUCUCUGAACUGAGCAAUACAGACCCACCAUGAACUGUGUUUCAAAAUCAAGCUGUGGCAUUCAUAUGCAUACAGAUUUGGUGAAUGGCAAUAGUUUCUUAGGGGGAAGGGAAAAAGCCACUCAGCCAGGGUAGUCUUUCUCCAGCAGAAGCAGCCCUCCUGAAGCAUUUUAGAGCAACUGAAUAGAUAUAGGGACCUUACAAGAAACUGCAUUUUAUCUUGGAAUUCUAAAGAGAGCUUUGACCACUUGUUAAGGUAUGUGAGAGCUCUGGUUAGAGACAAUAUUUGUGUUAAGGCGCUAACGCUGCAGUCAGGGCUAGGGCACUAACAGUCUACAGUAGCUUCUACCUGCAAACAAAUCCAAGCUGCUUGUUAUUUUACAAAGACAAUUAUAGCUCUCUGCCCACAUGUGCCAACAGCCACACGAUACUUUUACAAGUUCAGUAUUAGUGAGAAUUACUUACUUGUCUACAGGCUGAUAUAUCUAAGCAAGUAAAGAUUUCAGUGCAAUUCCUCUAUGUGUUCUGGAGAACCUUGCUGGAUCACUUGCAUGGUAUCUUUUUGCCUUGAGGGACAGCGAAUAGUUAGCAGAGCUGCAAAUCUGUCGAAGAAAGGUUUACAGAAAUCAUGGUAAGCCCAAAUAAUACAAGGCAGCGGAAUACAGUGCAGCUUAAUCCUGUUGUGACCAGGUGUUACAAGACAGAGGUCACACAGUGUGACCCAAUGCUCUCAGAGCAGCUAGGAUCAGGUACAUCUUAAUGGUACUUAACUACCUGCUGGGCCCACUUUUGGUUACACUGAGCUUGUGGUAUUUCAGUGUAUAUACAGUGUCUCUUUCCUGUUCGUGUGUGUGUGUGUACUUAUAAGCAUAAUGACAUUUUCACUGCAAUAAAAUACAAUUUCCAAAA